AUGUCCUAAUAUUCCGAUUAUCAAUAUGAUAUAGGGUCAGAUGAAGACUAUGAAAUUGAAACUUAAAAAAAUAACGAAAUAUUAUUGAGUUAAGAGGAACUUUAUCAAGAAUUUUUAGACCAUCUUGAUAAAAUCAAAGAACAGCUGGAAUUAACCAUGACUUAGGUUGUUUUGAAUAUCUUAAUCUUUUUCAAUUUUGAUGUUUAGCAAAUCUAUGAAUAAUUACUAUUAAACUCUCAGGCUGACUAAUUGAAAAAAUAGCUUUAGGAAUAAGGCAUCUAUAAUUUAACUGAAGUUCACAUUCAAAAAAACAUGCGUUGUGCAAUAUGCCAAGAAAAUGGCACUUAAGGGAUUAGUUUGAACUGCAGUCAUAAAUUUUGCAAGAAUUGCUGGAAUCAAAUGAUUGAAGUCCAAUUCGUAGGUUAAAUACCCAUAGUAAAAUGUCUACAGGAUCAAUGCCCUGAAAGACUCCCUCAUUUAUAUUUAGAAUAGUUUCCAAAAUAUAAAUAAAUACUCAUAAAGAGAUUUAUGCAUCACGACGAUGCCAUAACUUGGUGUCCAGGGUAAAAUUGUGAAAAUGUAUUUAAGUGGUUGAAGCUCAAACCUUCAAUAAAAUGUCCUUGUAAAACUAAAUUUUGCUCCAAAUGUAGAGAAGAGAAACACUAUCCAAUUCCAUGUGACAUUGUCAAAAAAGUCCUAGAACAUUAAUAGUCAGGUGACUAUUGGGCAAUCAUAAAUGCUUCUAAGUGCCCUAAAUGUGGAAGAUUAAUUUAAAAAACAGAAGGUUGUCUCCAUUUAAAAUGCUUAUGUGGAUAACAUUUCUGUUAUGAGUGCUCUAAACCAUGGGUUAAAGAUCACGAAAAAAGCUUCUAUGUUUGUCCUUAUGCAAAUACAAAUAAAAAUCUAUCGAGAUAUACCUCAUAAUUGAAGAAUGAACUUUAGAUCAUCAAUUUUAAUAUUCGAAACCUUGGAUAUUCUAUUAAAGAUUUGUAAUAGAAUGUAAAAAUAAUUUAAAUAGAACAUCUAGCAGAGUAAUCCGAAAAGACCAUCUCUCUAUUGAAAGCAUCUAGAUCAUUUUUGUAUUAUAAAUUCUAUUUAAUGGAAGAUAAGGUAGAUGAAAUUUACGAGCGUACUUUGAGUUAAUUUUAGGACGAACUGAAUAAUUUUGUAGAAAUAGUAUCGAAAAAAAAAUAGGAAGUUGAUACUUAUAAACAUUCAUAAGAAAAAAUUAUCGAAAACAUCAAUUUCAAUGAUUUGGAAAAAAAACAAUUUUCCAAUUUAAAAAUCAAGAAAAAAUUCAUCAAAAAUUAUAUCAAAGAAACUUUAAUGAUGUGA